AUGAGCGAGGCGUGGAAGACGUUGUCAGAUCAUUGGGACAGUGUCUUAGAAAAGCUUGACAAAGAUGAUGGCGGUCUAGCGGAGUUAAAAAGAAUUCUGGAUGGUAAGGGGUGCCAUCCGCCGGCGCCUGCGCCCAGGCCUCCGAGGCCUGCCAGACCUGCACCAAGACCCCCGAGGCCUGCUAGGCCUGCGCCACCACCCGGGUCUCCCGGGACUCCGGGUGUAAGGACAACCGGUACAAGAGGCGGUGGAGGUCGGUCGUCUGUUGGGGGUCCUGUUUCUGGUGUUAGAGGAGGAAAUAUAGGAGUGGGAGGGUCUAACCAUAGAAGAGGAGGCCCAAAUAGGAGAGGAAGAUCGGGGGCUCAGAGAGGCAGAGGACAAGGUCCAGGACCUGGACGGGCUCGAGGUGGUCAAGGUGCUAAGGGCACACAGAAUACAAGAAGUCCAGGGCGUACGAUCUCUACUCAGUCUCAACCCUUACAUCGUCAAUCUACUCCCAAGUCUCAUCCUAAACAUCCUCCACCUGCCGUCCCCAGUGCCCAUAGAGCACCUAGUCCACCGGCUGAACAACUUCCGACUCCAGCACGCCUUGCAUCUCAACCCACUGUACAUGAUAACUCAAGCGCGUCCAGCUCCAGCCCUUCGUCAUCUAGUGUCACUGACGCCGGUGGUCAGGAUCUGAGUGCCCAGGUGCCUGCUUCUGGACAUAUUCAACAGAGUAGUCAGACAUCCCUGGGCAGCACAAUUACCCUUCCUCAUGCAUCGCCUGUCCUGGACCCUAGUAAACAGGGAGGUCCCUCUCAAGACAGUAUGCAACUUGGGAAUUCGGAUCCUUUAAGUUCAGGUUCUACGUAUUCUGGUGGCGUGGCGUCUACUCGUCAUUCUCCACAAAGUACCCCAGUCUCCCAAUAUAAUAAAGACGUCGGUAUGGGGAGCAUCGGCCAGCCAUCCCAUACCCUGCCUUCUGAUUCAGGCGCUGGUGAACGUGUAGGACCGGGUGGGGCGCCGAGCACCGGUGGGAGUUUGACUGCGGCUGCAAAGGACACCGUUUCCACAUCCUCAAAACCUGUUGCCGCUGUAAGCAUUGAUCUUCCUCAGACUCCAAGUGAUCCAGGUCAAAACUCUCUGUCGCAUGGUGCUGCUGAUGACGAUGAUCCAGGCAGUCCAGGGUCUUCGUUGCCACAGGCUGGGUCAAGCCAUGAUGGUGCCCCGGGGAAAGUUGGUACGCAAGUUGACCCCUUUCCGGAUCCAGACGGCAAGCUUUCUUCGGGAAUACGCCCCUCUGUCUCUUCAAAUGUAAGCGACACUCAGAAUUCAAAUGUUCAAACCCCAGAUUCCCUGUCAUCUCCUGACCAUCAUGAUACUGCUCAGGAUCUGAAAGACCAGGCGCUUUCUUAUAAACCUACUCAAAAGCAUCCUCAAGGGCCGCAACAGAAUUUAACAUCGAGUGCGACUACAACAUCCGCUGUAAGUCGUGCUGAUUCAGGUGUAGGAGGCGGUGUAGGGGGUGGGGGCUCUGCAGGUGCUACGGAUGGCGAUUCUCAGGUAGACAAUCAUUCUGGUAAACCUUCUAACGCCCCUCAACCUUCUCUGCAACAUCAAACCCCAAGUAAUACAGCCACAGAUCCUCCAUCAUCUGAUAUCCCUGGUCCACCAGGUGGUUUGAGCGUUACUGUUCAGUCGUCUUCUCAAGUAAAUCCUCAGGGGCACACGGGUGAUGCAGACGGCCAUAACCCGGCAUCCAUUCUACAUGCUCCUGGCCAAACUCCUCUCGGUAAUUCUGACGAUGUAGUUACAAGAGCUCAACAACGUGUUGAACCUCAGGAUAAUGGAUCUCUAGGUCAGCCAGGCCCGGCACUUCCUGCUCAUCAGCCUCCACCCCCACCUGCUCCCCCAAUAACAGCUGCAGAGCCUUCAAGUUCUCAGGACAGUUUACAUGGACCCAUGAAGGCUCAAGAUUUGCACGAUCAACAUGCUAUGCAGCCUUUGGACCCCAACACAAAAGGAGACGCAGACCCUGCAGAGCCUCUAAAUCAACAGGUAACCUCCAGUUCUACUGUAGCACAUAACGCCCGUGGUAAGUCAACAAACGGGUCUCCAGAUUCAACGGGCGGUGACGUUCAUGGUGCACAGCCUACUCCCCCUCAUGGCGCUGCUUCUCCUCAGGAUCCGAGUGUUUCAGGUUCAGGCACUGGGUCAGCUGGUGGGCAGGGACCUGGGCAAAGUGGUGGGCACAGUGUUGGUCAAACACAGAUUCCGCCUAAUAAUGUUAAAAGGUGCGAUGGUGUAUCCAUGUCUAUGAAUGGAAAGUCGGUGUGCUAUACACAGCCUACGAUUCAUAAGCCAAAUAAGUCGUCCGCCCAUUACCCUUCGUCCGAUGUUGAGGAUAAAAUUAAAAAAGCGGAGGAAGCGUAUCGGCAACAUCAAGAUGAGCAACGCAAACAGCAGGAGGCCUAUGAUCAAUACUAUCGCAAAUUACACGGGGAAAUUGGAAUUGACACAAAACCCCUUAACCAGCAUCGUAGCAGGCCUCCAUACGCCUAUAUUGACCAACUGCGAAGUAGAAUGGUGAGUGACUUACAAGGCGAAUCUGCAAUUCAUGGCAUUCCGAUACAUGAUCUGCCGCACAAAAAAGAUAAACUAGUGCCAAUAGGAUCUAAUAGUUUCGAUGGGAGGCCCACUAUAGACCCCGACGUUCAUGCGCUUAUGCAGUAUAAACCAACGACCGAUAUUGAUAUUGUGACCGCACCACAAAAGGAUGAUACUCUUUUGCCGUUAGACGCUUUGACUAUGGAUGCAGACGAUGUUUCUAUAACAGAGGAGAUAAUUGAUCCCAUUAAAGCAUACGAAGAGCCAGAUGAGUAUUACGUUAAGUACUUGUCCGCACCGUCACCAGGACGAAUCGACAGUCUAGUUGGCGGACCAGUUCACCCCGCGCCCUUGGACAUUCCAGACGAAAAUUCACGACACAUUGAUUUCGACGGUGUUGCCAUCCCCCGGAAUCAGAGGGACAAGCUGUACCUGCAGACACAAAUUCCGACCAUCCAGUACACCCCGUGGAAACCGGAUUACGUUACAAGGCCCGCCUCGGACUCACCCAAAGCAGAAAAUAUCAUACAGGCCGACCCUAUUUAUCAGGGUCGGAAAAUAAGUCAACCAAAGUUGCAGACUGUUGGUGUACGAAUGCCCCCGCCCCUCACGCCAGUGGAGAUCGAAGCCCCCCCGGGCGUCAUGAUCAAUGAGCCGAUAUGCCCGGCAAACUACCCCAGUACCACCACCGAAAAGAUCCCGCCCACCGAUGCCUCCAACCCGCCGCCCCGAACGGUGCGUGACAUGCUGUGUUGGCUCGGGGAUCUGCCGAAUGCGACAGGUUACGACGAUUUGGUUACGCAUAUUGAAAGUUUGUUUGAGGGAUCUACAUGGAUUGAAGCCUUCCCCGAACCUUUCGCAGUCGGAAAUAUUACCGCAGCUUUAUCCCAAACUUGUGGCCAUGCUAGCUCGUUGCUCGCUGCCAUGGAGGGGCCUAAGCCCGCUGCCCCUAACAAAUUCCACUACCAGCGCUACGGCGUUCCCCUGAUGCACUACUCCGACGACCCCUACACGCUGCUGUGUCAGUUGCUCAGUUACGUAUACGCUUCAUACCAUCAGUUGUCCUUCCUGCGCACUCAGUGCAGCCGGGACACGCAUUCUGGUGGAUGGCGGGACUGCAAGUUUGGCAGAGAUGUGAAGUUCUCUAAAUCAUGGCAGUGCCGCAAAGAUCCGGUAGACCCUAUGCAAGGACAGGACCACGGCUGCGACGCUUCACCCCUGCAAGGCUUCAUCACCGACCAGUCCGAUCUCCCCACCUACUGGUAUCAGAGGGGCGAUAUGUGCCGGCGGAGCCGUGUAAGAAUGGGCUUUCGUCCGGACCAUUUACGUGAAGAGUCCAAGCAUGGAUUCUACAUCUACAACAUCCUGACUGGGGUGUGUUAUAAUAAUGGCGACCCACUCGAUAAGCUCUGCAAGUAUCUUGUAUGCCUCACCAGGAGGACGCCGCGCACCACGGGGGAGCUCGUAUCGUUCUUCCACCAUUUCGGCAAUGGACUGCAUUACGCAUUCUCAGGCUCAUUGUCCAAGCUGGGCUCCGCCCUCUCCAGUCAGCAUGAAUACUGCCCCGACUGGGACCGUCUCAAGGACGCCGACCUCCGAGCCGUGCAGAGUAUCCGGGGCUCCGCCCCUCCCAAAUCCAUUCACAACCACGACAAGGACCAUCCCAAGACCCUUUCCACGCUGUUUGGCUGCGGCAUCACUAAUUUCAAUUGCCGUCAACAUCUGCUACCCAUCACCUACCGGGCCUACGCCCUGUACUCUGCCAGCUUCGUCCACCACUACCUCAGCUGGGCGGUCCACCUGGCAGACAGACUAUGGGAGUCGCUGCUCAGGCUGCAAUAUGAUCUCGAGGAACUUCACCGCCACGACAACAAGCCCAAGCCUCUCCACCAGUGUGACAGGGCCAUGCCCCUCCUCUACCGUCACGGCAUCACCCCUCCGGACGGGACACUACAAUCGUCACUCACGUGUUCUGAGCUCAUCACCAAGCUGGAGGAAGUGGUCGCCGGACAGCCUAUCGCAGACCUCAUGACCGCCAUGGACACAUUCCUCUACAGAGUCCGUCUACCAUUCCUCUACACUGUGCUCGCACUCUGGCUCACCGCCACGCUAUACAUCGCCCACUCACUUCUCUACCGCCUGGACGUACUGCGCAUCCGCUCCCACCUCCUCACCGCCAAGGCCUCCCACCUCAUCGACGUCAAGGCGCUGCUCGCCGGAAGCCGCAGGAUGCUCUCACUCUACAAAGACGUCGAUUACUUCGACGAGGACCCAGUUGGCUGGAUUGUACUCUAG